UGACGAGGGCAAGGAGCUGUACGCGGAAGUGCGUUCCCUUUUUGGAUGGGGGCAGAGGGGAUGGCGGCUGUAACGGUGGGCCCUAGGGUACCUCCCGCAGCCGCUGGGCCAGGAAUGGGGCCAGCACCGGCGGAGGGGGCCGACGCUCUUUUCGUGGCCUUGAGCGCCGGCUUCACGACCUUGAGCCACCCUCUGCUGUAUGUGAAGCUGCUGGUGCAGGUUGGGCAUGAACCUCUUCCUCCAACUGUCGGGAGAAACUUGUUGGGAAGAAAAGUACUUUACCUACCUGGCUUUUUUACAUAUGCCAGACACAUUGUGGAAGUGGAUGGGAAAAGGGGCCUUUUCCGUGGCCUUGCUCCUCGAAUCCUCUCUAGCACUUUAUCCACCAUAAGCAGAGGGAGAGUAAAGAAGGCCUUUCCUUUGGAGGAUAUAGAACAUGUUUCUAACAAGGAUGAUGUGAAAACGUCCCUCCUGAAAGUGGCAAAAGAGACCUCCCAUGAGAUGAUGAUGCAGUGUGUAUCCCGGGUUAUCUCUCAUCCACUGCAUGUAAUUUCAAUGCGCUGUAUGGUCCAGUUCGUAGGACGGGAAGUGAAGUACAGGGGCGUGUUCAGCUCCAUUGGGACAAUUUGGAAGGAAGAGGGGCUGCUGGGAUUCUUUGUCGGUUUAGUUCCUCAUAUCCUAGGUGAUGUCAUCUUUCUAUGGUGUUGCAACCUUCUGGCUCACUUGAUCAACACCUACGCAGUGGAUGACAAUUUCAGCCAAGCCUCUGUGAUACGAAGCUACACCAAGUUUGUGAUGGGGAUUGCUGUGAGCAUGCUGACGUACCCCUUUCUUCUGGUGGGAGAUCUCAUGGCGGUGAACAAUUGUGGGUUACUUGCUGGCCUCCCUCCACGCAGCCCUGUGUUUUCCUCUUGGAUUCAGUGCUGGAGACACCUCAGUGCUCAGGGGCAGCUCUUCAGAGGCUCCAGCCUACUUUUUCGUAGAGCAUCUGCACCAGCAGCAUAUCUUAUUGAUUAAUCUCAUCUGGGAGAAAGAGGUCAACCUAGACUCUUGUAGAAGAAACCUUAAAUGCUUGCUUUGACAUUUUCCUUUUAAUUUUGAAGUCAAAGGUGAAAGAGCAAGAGCAUCUUCUCCCCAGCAAAUUGGACUGGCUUCCUAACUGCACCAUGUUGACUUAAGUUGGCAACUGAUCUUGCCAGUCAGGGUGGGGCGGGGGCAGUUUUCAGUGCCAGCCAAGCCUAAUGUCCAAAGGGACAGUCUUACUGGAGAACGGUUAUAGCUUCUGAAGGCUUGGCAUGCACAUGGCUCUCUGGAGUGAGCGACACAAUGAGAAGUUUGUUUACAUCAUUCUUUGCACUGCCUAAACCAGCCGAGACUUCAGUUGGUUGCAGUCUCUCCUCGGUGCCAUCAUUAGACAAGUAAAAUAGAAUAGCCAUUAUUGCAUUAGUCGGUGGACCAGCAAAACAUUAGACAAAUUGGAGAAGCUAAACUUAGCUCUGUCAGCUUUGGCCUCUGCCUCAUUGGCUAGCCUACAUGUUAAAAUCCCAAUUGGUGUUAGAAUAUUUUUCAUACUUAGGAUUCAGGAGAGCCACAGAAAACGUAAGGGGCAGUAUUAUUCAUUUCCUAACACUAACAUGCAUAAAUCUGAAUCUUGGUUUAACAUAGCAUCUCUCAGGUCUUCCACCACCCAGAUUUUUCAUGGGGUUCUUCUCUUAAGCUGGCACAUAAGAGUAAUCCAUUUUAUCUGGGUUUUGAACAACCUGUGUGCCUGAGCAUGGGAAGGGGGUGUUGAACACUAAGAGGGAAGAUACAUUUCCUAAGGGGACAUAACUACAAGCACCUUAAGACUGAGCUGAGUGUUGCUCACUAAUGAGAUGUUUAAGCCAGAAUUAGUAUAGCCAUUGCUAUUUUUCUAGAAAAAGAGGUGCUGGAACUCACCAUGAAUGCCUCCUUUGUUCUCUCAGAAUGGCAACAGUGCCCACCUGAUUAGUGGGUAUAGCAUUUGGUGAAGAAACAGGUAGCACUAAUAGUGUCUGGGAUCCACAGGGGCACAUGUGGAUACCACAUGUAUACACUAGGGCUCUUCUGCCACUCGUGAAGCCAGGGGAACUUCUGGGGUGGGAUUCAGUGGCACACAAGGGGAUGCAGCUGGGGGAUGAAUCAUGGCCAAACUGAGGUAGCAUGUAAGCAAAGAAAGGAAAUGUUUUCUCUGGGACAAAAAAAAUAUGUGCUGACCUGUAUGCGAAUAAGCUUGUCAGACUUGCUGUUCUAGGCCUAUUUCCCCAGUUCAGCAGUGCUCCCCACUGUGAGAUGACACUAGGCAAGAAAGGCUGCCGUGUUAAGGACUUGUAGCUUUGUUGUGUAGAACAGAAUGUUUUUUGCACAUUGGUUGUCAUAGCUAAGGCUGCCUUCUGAUCAUGUGAAUUUGGGCCAUGAUUAGUUUUUUUUUUCUAAUUUCUGCUUUAGAAGUUCAUGUGAGUUGACUCUGGUCAACAUGAAGACUUUCAUUAGAUCAGUUCCACAGUCAAGGGAGUGUCGUGUGGCUACUUCACCACAAGCAUGGCUGACAGUUCAGUCCACAGCUGACUGCUUCCCCCACUUUCGCAUCUUUGCAGUAGCAUGGCAAAUGUUGGGAAAUUAUCUUCCUGGCAAAGCAUCGGCUUUACCAACAAUUUUAAGACUUCUCUUCUAAACUCAUAUUCUCACCACACUUUAGUUCUGUGAAUUGGUGCUGAGCUUGAGACAAAGGCCGAGCCAGCUCUUGUCAGUUAAUGUGGUUGUCCAGCUAGCUUUGGUUUGCAACUUUUAAACUACUAGAUCUUGUAUGCCACAACAGUAUAUAAGAAAGGUCCGUUUAUUUGUGAAUUGCGCUAAAGUAGUGUUUCAUUUCGGCAAGGAUGUGGUUGUAGCACGCUGGCUCAACUUAAGUUCAACGAUCAGUGUUUGUCUUCAGGAAACUAGGUGAUGAGGGAGUGAAAAUCCAGCAUUGGGAUUCUAAAGGCAACUAACUCCUUGUCCAGUAAAAGUGUUAGAGGCGUUCCUUCGUUUGUGAUCAGGGCUUAUUUGUACACACAAAAAAAUGGCUUUAUUCCCAUCCGAUGCUGCUGUACAUAGGCUUUCCCCGUUCCAUUUGCUGUGUUGUUAGUUCUUUGUUGUAUGUGCAUGAGUGGUGUAUGUGUUACUUAGUAAUUCCAAAUGCAUCUGUGCUGACUUCUGAAGUGCCUGGGAAUUCUUUCUGGGUCAGAAGGAAGGGCAUGAAUUUUGUAAUGUCAUACAGUGAAACAUGAUAUGGGUGUCUUGUGAUUCCCCCCCUCUAAAUCCUUGGGGAGCCCAGGAAGAGCCUGGUCUUGCUUCUUGCAUCCAAGGAACCCCAACAAUUCCUCAGAGGAGGAAUAGGGUCAUUUGUUUUCCAGAUAGGUGUCCCAAAUCCUUUACUUUCCACACAAUGUCAUUUGAACAGAUACUUGUCUUGAUGCUUUGGAGAUCUUGUCCUGUAUAGCAUAUUUGUACAUGUAUUAUUAGUACAUGUGGGAGGCUCUUGUGGUACCUAAAAAAUCUGCUACCUUAUCCCUUUGACCCAACCCGUCACUUCAAUGCUUUUACCUUUACCAUAAAACUGCAUGAUAUUGUUUUUAUAACUGUUAAUUGAAUUCACUUUGAAAUAAAACUGUGGAAAAUGA